GUGUAAAUCCCGAUGGUGUUUGUUUCUGUGUGUGUGAGUUUUGUCUUUAUGUUGUCAUCACAGUUGCCGGAAAGACAAAUUUUGAUGGACUUUAAGUCAUCGUGUGGCCAUCUGUUACGCCACCUGCAUCAUUAUCGGUGUGUUUUACUGUAACAGAAUUUAAUAGCUUAUAGGAAACCGUGCAGUAACAACUAUAUCAAGUAACUAAAAUGGUCUAAUACUAUGGUAGUAUUAUUUAGUAUUGUUCAACAAAAGCCUUUGAAUCAGAUGAAAAACGUCUGAAGCUGCAAUCGGACCCAAUCAUCCCAAAGACUGAUUCCUACAGUGGAAAUUUCUGCACGUGGACUUAAAAGUUUACUUGAUAUCUUCUGCGGUGGAGUUCAUCGGGUUUAUCGUCUCAGAGGAGGCGAGGAGAGCGACGCUGGUAACACUGACCUAGAAACACAUGCUUGUGAGCAGGUCUCACACGACGAGAGCCGAAACCAGAUCCGUCUGUGGCUCCCGCAGACCGCAAGAUCUCCUCAGGUUCGCGUUAGAAAAACUUCGCGUUUGAAAAGCUGGAUUUUGAACCCCGCUGGAUUCCCGGGCGGACCGAAGCGAGCUCUUUAUUUAUUACGCAGCGCAAAUAGUAAGGACGUGAUUUGCUUGCAUCACUCUCUCGGAGGGAGACGGGCCCGCGCCUGGGAGCUGUCCCAGGCAACAUGGUGCUGAAGCCGCAGCGAGAGCGAGCAUCCUCCGGCUUUACUGACGAUCUUCAUCGUAACAACUCGUGUUAGACAGAUCCGCACAACGCCUGUCGAGCGGCGACGCUUCGGAUUACCGCGCAGGAGACGCUUCAGAGAUCUGAUUCAAAGGAAAGGCGCUAGAUGUGACAAAACGACGGACCGUGAGCAGCAAAAAAAUUAAAAAAAUUUGCUCGUCGUCGAAAGCGAAGCUGAUUCUUCUCUGGACUGGUUUUUCGAAAGACACGUCUGACAUUACGCGGGACAGCGAGAUAAACUGCCUCGGGAUUUCUGCGACGAGGGCUGGGUGUUUAAGGAGACAGGCAGCCUGCGCUAAACAAAACGCUGGCACCUCGUAUCUUUUCGGAGGGGGACUCGUUCGUGAGCGGUCGGGACUGAAACGCGAGAUGAACGCCAAGGACGAUUGCUGGAUAAUUGGCAAGAUCGGGGCAGGAUUUGGUUUCGCGCGGCACACUUUGCGUUCGCGUUAACACCAUUACGCGGUAGUCGCUUUUGGGUGAUGGCUAAUAAGCGAGGACGGUGCGAACGAGAACAGAGAUCGUGUAGGCUGCUGUGCGUCGCAGACUUCGAUUUGUUUCUUUAUUAGACAAACCGAGGCUGCCGUCUGUUUUGGCUCUGCUGACGAAUAGCCAGCGUUUGUGUUUUCCUGCUUUUGACGAAUAGAUGCCGCCGGCGAGAAGAGCACCUCGGGGUGGGAGCUCCUUUGUCAGAAGCUGUUCGCGGGAAUCCCCGAUAUUUCCCAUUCAAAAUCCGAGCCCGAUUGGAGCGUUUGUCAGAAUAAGGUCAGCUGUUGUUAACGCCCUGAGUGGUUAAUGUUUGGUCAGGUAACCUAAAACGUGCUUAUAAUUAACUACUUCGGAUUCAGCAUUGGGUGACGAACGGGGUUACUAAAGGGUUACCACUUUUGACAGCUACUAUUAGCCUACAUGUGCAUGUGUACGAUCGUCAGCUUCUCAAUGGGAACCCCGGCGCGACCGCGUAGCUCUCAGAACAGUAAGUUGAAAAUAAACACCGUCUCCGUGUCCAAACGGUCGGCGGAGUGAGGCGAGCAGAAAGCGGCUUCGCUCACAGGUGUCUUUUCCUCGCUGGAAACCAAACAGUAAGUUCUGUUAUGUGACCUGCUGGAGUCCAGUAACAGAUAGCCUUAGCAUUAUAGGCCGUUUAAAAACAUAGACCGCCUUUCCAUUAUUCAUAAGACGGGCACAUGUUGUUGGCUAUCGGUGUCAUUGUAUGGUGUUGGGGAUUGUUGAAUCGCAGACCGAUGCUGCGCCGCCAGGGCAAGCAGAAAGGCCGCUGUUGCGUCUUGUUCAGUGACCUGAAGGUUUUCCUACUCAGGCCACCGGCACCGCCACCCGCCUUCACACCCAUGAACGAACUAAACGCGGAGGGCAAUGCGACGAGCAGCGCCACGGAGAGCCACUCUUUAGCCAACGGACAUUAUCAGCCGGUAGCAGCGGGUGAGGCUGCGGACACGCGAGGGAGCGAAGACUGGACUCACAGCGGCGUGGAUUCGCCGAGGACCCUGGACUGCUGCAGCUCAUCCGAGGAUUGCUCUAAGGAGAAGCUGGACGAGAGGUUAUCUCUGAACAGCUGCACGGACAGUGGAGUCAGGACUCCUUUGUGUCGGAUCUGUUUUCAGGGCCCUGAACAGGGGGAGCUGCUGAGCCCGUGUCGCUGUAGUGGUUCUGUACGCUGCACUCAUGAGCCCUGUCUUAUUAAGUGGAUUAGUGAGAGAGGAUCCUGGAGCUGUGAACUCUGCUACUACAAAUACCAGGUCAUCGCCAUCAGCACCAAGAACCCGCUACAGUGGCAGGCCAUCUCUUUGACGGUGAUAGAGAAAGUACAGAUAGCUGCAGCUGUCCUGGGUUCCCUGUUCCUGAUAGCCAGCAUCUCCUGGCUGGUCUGGUCCUCCCUCAGCCCAUCGGCCAAGUGGCAACGGCAGGAUCUGCUCUUCCAGAUCUGUUACGCCAUGUACGGCUUCAUGGACCUGGUGUGCAUCGCUCUGAUUGUCCACGAAGGUCCCUCCGUCUUUCGCAUCUUUAACCGCUGGCAGGCUGUCAAUCAGCAGUGGAAAGUCUUAAACUAUGACAAGGUCAAGGACAACGAGGAGCAUCAGAAAACCGGUGCCGCGUUCCGGACCCUGUCUCUGCCGCUGACGCACCGGAUGGGGCCGACCGGGACCGAAGGUGAAGCCUCCACCUCCACAUCUUCCCUGAUGGCUGCAGCUGCGGCGGCCGCGGCGGGCACCGCAACCCCCACCACAAACUCCGUCCCGUUGGCCGCAGGUGCCACGACAGAGCAGCAGGACUCGUCUGAGCCCGGCAACGGGCAGCCCUCGCUGCCAGACCACCACUGUGCUUACAACAUCCUUCAUCUCCUCAGCCACCACCUGAGGCCCCAGGAGCCACGCGGACAGACCAGCAACAGCAACCGCGAACUGGUCAUGAGAGUCACUACAGUCUGAGGCCUGUCUUACGGUUGAAUCUCUGCAUGCGACGUAUUUACAAGAAAGGAUUCACUGAGGAGAAUUAAACAGUGUUACCCGAAGACCCAGUGCAGUGCUGUCCGGGUUUAAGCGUUUGUUUUUCUAUUUUUUACAGCAUUGAAUAAAACGAGGAAGCGGUUUCUCUCACAGUGGCUACAGGAAUGCUUUUGGCCUUUAGGUUUCAAAUGUAAGCAACUGAGAAUGGUCGAAGGUCCAUGGGGGUGGAGUCUCUGAGUGAGCGAGAGAGUGAGUGAGUGAGUGAGUGAGUGAGUGAGUGAGUGAGUGAGUGAGUGAGUGAGUGUGUGUGUGUGUGUGUGUGUGUAAUGAGUUUAUCGUCAGCUCAAGGCCACAGUCAGAGCUGUGACCGUUCUGAAGCACAACCAUAACAAUGCAAACCAGUUUCUACACCGAACUCAAACAGCUCAGAGUGAAGAACAAACGCGUUUGUACGGAAAACACGCAGCAUCACACCGAUUUUACGAUUAUUACAUGUUGCAUUUUCAAAUUAAAUCCUAUCGUUAAUGGUACUUGCGAGAAUAAGCAAGUCUAAAUCGGUUUCUUAAACCAAAUGCGGCAUUGAAGAAGCAAACUAUUGUGUUUACAUUCACAGGCAGUGCGUUUUUUAGCUAAAUCAAUCCUCUCUGGUUUUAACGGUCUUGUACAUCAGUAACAGGAAGCCACGUUGCAGUGGAGACAACUCGCAGCAAUCGAACAUUUUCCAAACUUACAAAAAGCGGCCCAGUUUGAGGCAAAUUCUUGGUCAACUGACUUAUUUUGUUUACAUUUGUUAAAUUUGUGAGAGAAAAAGGUUGCUACAUUAAAACAAACAAAAAAAAAAAAGGACGAAUCGAACUGGUUGAACUGUUGUAUGCGUCUGUUUCUCUUCUGCCUCACAGCAUCCAAUCAAAUCAUUCAUUUCAGUAAUGCAUUUCAUGUGCGUCCUUCCCAAGCCUCGGGGCUUCAAGCAAGCAAGAGCACUCGGAACCUUUACAUUAAUCCCAUUUUUAUUAUAACACUUUUAUUUUUUUCUCGAAACAAGUACAGACAGAAAGCGGAUCUAAGUGUCUCAGUGCUAAAAAACAGGAAACGGCACCAGUGCCUCCUCCGAGCCUGACCACAGCUGUCUGUUAACUUCUGAGUAAUCAUAUCUGCCUUCUCCUUCUGUUAAUGGUCCGCUCCUCCGGAUUUCACAAUUUUAGAAAGAGAGCAAAAGGCAGAACAAUUAAAGCCCAAGCAAAUGAAGUGUUUGAAUAUUGCACCUACAAACCUAAGUGCGGAAAUAAAUCACAAACUGAGAUUAAUGCACCUGAUGACAGAAAUGAGAUUACAAGUUCUCUGGAAAUGCUUAAAUAGUGUGGGAUUGGUGAUUUUGGAUGAAUCGUGAAUAAGCCUGUAGUGUGUUUGAGUAAUCAUGGGGCACAAAAAUCGUUGCAUAAAUGUAACCUAUAAUUAAAAUCGAGUUGCAGCAAUGCAAAACAUUCACAGCACUUCCUCUAAACAAUGCUAAAGGUACACAGAGAGUAGAGCGAGGCAGACAGGCUGGGAGUGUCAACAGCUUUCAUUGUCUGUAUUUAAACUCAUCGGCGGUUGCUGAUGUCAGAUUGGGGAAAUGAAAACACCUCCAAAACGGAGGGCCAAGGCACGAGAGAGUGUUUUGACAUUUUCUUUGCUGGAGUCCAGCUAGAUCCCAGGUAGAUGGAUACA